AGGGUUUCUCUAUGGCUACAGCGUACAAGGACAGAUAACCCUCUCAAAGCGGCCAGGCUCAGGGGAUGGUGACAGCGUUCCCCUCCCCGCGGUGGGAAAUGGGACGGCGAUGGAAGAAGAAAAGCAAUUUUAAAUCCCCCGACGUCUUCAGGGAGCCCCACCGACCUCUCGCUGCACGUGCCAAAAUGUAAAGCAAAGCAGAAGCCUCCCUAAGCAGCGGCCAGCCCUGGAUUCCCGAGUUCCCGGACCCCCCCAAACACACCUGGAGCCCUCCGCUCCCUCCUGUCUGGAACCAGCCCCCCGCGCCCCGGGUCCCAGCGCCCCUGCCAGCGAUCAGCAGUCCAUGAGGACCGAGAAUGCUGAGCAGCAUUACAGAUGGCAUCAUGUGCUGCCUUCUGGGCAAGACGCCCCAGGCCGUAGUGCCCCUGGAGAGCGUGGAGUCUAGCGACGGCUACAGCUUUGUGGAGGUGAAGCCGGGGCGGGUGCUGCGGGUGAAGCACGGGGUCCCAGUCCGACCGUCCAUCGAGGGGGCCGAUGCCCCACCUGGUGACAAGGAGCAGGGCCUGGUCCACUGCAAGCGGCGCAUAACCCUCUACCGCAAUGGGCAAUUGGUUGUAGAGAACCUGGGUGACACCCUGCGGGCGGAUCUGCUCCACGGGCAGAAUGGGGGGGUGGAGCCAGCCGCCACAGUGGAGCUGGAGGUGGGGGAGGCGGGCGCCGCAGGCACCCCGCCUGGCGAGGGGGCUCGGCCAGGCCCCGGGGGCCCGGAGCGGGUGGGUGGCGGCAGCGCCGGGGUUGCGGGGCGACGGCGGCGAGGCCGGCGCCCCAAACGCAUCAUUGACAUCGACUGCAAGAAGCGCAUCACCAGCUGCAAGGGCAUCCACGGGGACGUGGUGCUCUUCUUCAUCCACGGGGUGGGCGGCUCCCUCGCCAUCUGGAAAGAGCAGCUGGACUUCUUCGUGCGGCUGGGAUACGAGGUGGUGGCGCCCGACCUGGCUGGGCACGGCGCCAGCUCGGCCCCCCAGGUGGCUGCCGCCUACACCUUCUCCGCCUUGGCCGAGGACAUGCGCGCCAUCUUCAAGCGCUAUGCCAAGCAGCGCAACGUGCUCAUCGGGCACUCCUAUGGGGUUUCCUUCUGCACAUUCCUGGCCCACGAGUACCCGGACCUGGUGCACAAGGUCAUCAUGAUCAAUGGCGGGGGUCCAACGGCCCUGGAGCCCAGUCUUUGCUCCAUCUUCAACAUGCCUACAUGUGUGUUACGCUGCCUCUCCCCUUGCCUGGCCUGGAGCUUCCUCAAAGCCGGCUUCGCCCGCCAAGGAGCCAAGGAAAAGCAGCUGCUGAAAGAGGGCAAUGCCUUCAACGUGUCCUCCUUCGUACUGAGGGCCAUGAUGAGUGGCCAAUACUGGCCCGAGGGGGACGAGGUCUACCACGCCGAGCUGACGGUGCCCGUGUUGCUGGUGCACGGCAUGCACGACAAGUUUGUGCCCGUGGAGGAGGACCAGCGCAUGGCGGAGAUCCUGCUCCUGGCCUUCCUGAAGUUGAUAGAUGAAGGCAGCCACAUGGUCAUGCUGGAGUGUCCCGAGCUGGUCAACACCCUCCUUCACGAGUUCCUGCUCUGGGAGCCAGACGCCGUGGGGCCUCCAGCGGCCCUGGAGCUGAAGAAAUAAAUGAGGAAUCGUG